CCUUACCCCAACCUUCAAAGCUCAUUACAUCCCCUGCCCAACCUUCCUCUCUCUUAUUGUUAUUCCUGCCACUCUAGGUCCAACUAUAAUUGAGCUUUCAAGUUUACGCCCGCUGCCAGCUCUUUGGUAGCUAUACCAGCGCAAUCAACUCCAUCGCACUGCACCCAUACGAUUACAUCACUGGGAUCAAACUAUCAAUCAGACUUGUUUAUCAUUCCAAUUGAAAACAAACUUUGGCCUUGUAUAUCGGCUCUCACUCAAGCUCGUGCGUAUUGCGUGCCGUGUGAUUAUGUUCCGAACCUAAAACGAACAAAGCGAGAAGACAGCCGUGCGAACUCUUAUGUGACGAGCAGUCUCUGGCCGACACGACUUCCUUUCAACAUGCAGGACGAUGAAGCGACUGAGCCCAACCUACUUCGCCCACAAUACCCGGGCGACGAUACCAGGCCAACGAGUAAGAAGGAACUUGCUGGGUGGUAUAGUUAUGGCUGGGCUGCGGAAGUCUUCACGGUGUGCGCCAUGGGUAAGGAAUUUGCUAUUUUCCGUCUAUCAUGUGUCUCACAAUUCCUAGGGUCAUUUCUCCCAAUCACUCUAGAGCAAAUGGCUCGAGAAAAUGGAGUUUUGUUCUCGGACAAGAUGACUCCAUGCACCGCAACAUGGCACUCCCCCGGGUCUUUGCAAGGGGCCUCGAAUAUAAACACAAGCGCCACUAGUGCAAGCCAAUGCGUUGUCUACAUUCUCGGUGCCGAGAUAAAUACUGCGAGCUUCGCUAUGUAUACUUUCUCGGUGAGUGUGCUGGCCCAGGCAUUUUUGAUAAUCUCGAUGUCGGGGGCUGCCGACCACGGAAGCUACCGCAAGACACUACUGGUAGCUUUUGCCGUAGUAGGCUCCGUCUCCACGAUGUCUUUCCUACCGGUUACACCAAAUGUAUAUUUGAUCGGCGGUUUACUUGCCAUCAUUGCCAAUACAUGUCUCGGAGCAUCCUUUGUUCUGUUGAACUCCUUCCUACCCUUGUUGGUUCGGCAUCACCCUUUACUACUUGAGAAUAAUGAUAGCUACGUUUUUGGUACGCAGACAGAUUCGCCUAAUGAGAACAGCGCGAGAACGCCACUUCUACAGCCAGGCCAAACUGAUGGUGCUACCUCAGAAGCGACUGAAUACGCGGCAAGUCCGGUGAAAACAUCAAAAGAAUUGGCGCUUUCCACACAAAUUUCAUCCUAUGGGAUCGGGAUUGGCUACAUCAGUGCCGUCAUCCUACAGUGCAUCUGCAUUCUUGUCGUUAUCAGAACUCACCAGACCACAUUUUCUCUACGCUUGGUUCUUUUCUUGAUAGGACUCUGGUGGCUAAAGUUCACGAUACCCGCAGCAUUGUGGCUACGUCCGCGGCCUGGUCCCCCCCUACUGCAUGACCAGGACGGAAAGACUGACAGAUCGUGGCUUGGUUACAUUGCGUAUGCCUGGAAAUCCCUUGGCCGAACCGCAAUACGGACCCGGCAUUUGAAGGACAUUCUAUUGUUUCUAGCGUCCUGGUUCCUCCUCAGUGACGCGAUCGCCACUGUUAGCGGAACCGCUGUUCUCUUUGCCAAGACGCAAUUGAAUAUGCAGCCUGCUGCUCUCGGCUUGAUCAACGUGAUCACGAUGGUAGCAGGAGUUUUGGGGGCAUUUUCUUGGAGCUAUAUAUCGCGAACGCUAAACCUACGGGCUUCUCAGACCAUCGUCGCAUGUAUUUUGCUGUUCGAGCUUGUGCCCAUAUAUGGCCUGCUGGGGUUUAUCCCGGCGAUCAAAAACUUGGGCUACCUAGGGCUUCAACAGCCGUGGGAAAUGUAUCCACUAGGCGUUGUUUACGGCCUCGUUAUGGGAGGUCUCUCGUCCUACUGCCGAAGCUUCUUUGGGGAACUGAUUCCUCCAGGAUACGAAGCAUCUUUCUACUCUCUCUAUGCUAUCACUGACAAGGGUUCAAGUAUCUUUGGGCCGACGAUUGUUGGAUUCAUAACAGACCACUAUGGUGAGAUACGGCCGGCGUUUUUUUUCCUUGCAGUCCUUAUUCUCUCACCUCUGCCCUUGAUGCUCCUGGUGGAUGUGGACCGUGGAAAGCGGGAUGCUAUCGCUUUAUCGGCCGAACUGGAGGAGAUUGAAAGUCCAGAAGCGCAAGACUACGGAACCUUUUCCCAAUAA